AUGUUUAGACUUAACGGAAAUAAUAUGCAUAAAUUGCUUAAAAUUUUAAAUAUCAUCUCAUUUGUGGUGUUGAUGUCUAUAAUACUUGUAUUGAUUAACGAUAAGAAUCAACAGUUAUUUAUAUUACAAACCGAUGGCAUUAACGAUAAUCUCGAUGACUAUAAUGAAUAUAUGAAACCUAACAAAAGUGACCUAGACAUUCCGCAACAUACUGCUAUAAAUAGUAUGCUACAACGACCCAGGUUAUUAUGUAUGGUGACUACAACCCCUGAUUAUCAUGACACGAAAGCAAUCGCUGUAAACGAGACGUGGGGUAAAAGAUGUGACACUUUAUUGUAUGUGAGUUCCCAGACCUACGAGGGCCUGGAUGUAAUCAAAAGCAAUUGCAGUAUAGAGAAUCACGACUACCUAUGGUGUAAGAAUCGUGAGGGUCUCGUUGAGGCCCACCGGCGCUAUAACGGGUCGUAUGACUGGCUUUUUAAGGCCGACGACGACACGUAUGUUGUGAUCGAAAACUUAAUACAUUUAGUGUCCGGACAUAACCCGUCGGAAGCCAUUUGGUUUGGACAGGCAUUUCACGAACCAAUAAGAAAUAUUACCUUUUUCACCGGGGGUCCAGGAUAUAUUUUUAGCGCCGAAGCCGUGAACCGAUUGGUGACAUCGUUUGAGACCAAAAGAAAAUACUGCGAUAUAAGCGAGGAAAAGGGCCCUGAUGAUGUCUAUUUUGCAGCUUGUCUGGAGGGGAGUGGGACAGUGAUGGGCGAUGAUAGGGACUCGUUGGGUGAGCCCAGGUUUUUUCACUUCGCACCGGACGCUUGGCUCAAUCCCCACGAUACUGUCUAUCACAAAAAGGCCUGGCUUAAGAAUUAUGCCACUUAUAAUUAUUCAGCCGGUAUGCAGUGUUGUAGCUCAAGCACAGUAUCGUUUCAUUACGUAACCCCUGAUUACAUGUAUGUCUUGGAGUUUUUGUUAUAUAAACUUAAAGUACAAGGAAUUAAUUGA